ACAACGAAGGAUGCAGGGGAGAGCGAUCGGGCGAGCGUUGCGAGCGGCGGACGAGCUGCUGCCACAGGUGCGAUGCAUCGCCGGUGGCGCCACGCGAAAUCUGAGUAGCUCUAGCAGUCAAUCUGGAUCAGUUGUAGCGGCAGAAGUUUCCGGGAGAGGUAUCGCGCACAGCGCGUCCUCCAGAUUCUGGUCCGACAGUCUCUACCGGCGAGGCGUUCUAUGGUCGCUGGAUCACAGGCGAGGCUUCCAUGGCACCUCGCGCUUGGAAGCGCCGGUCACUCUUUCUCCCAAGGAUUACACAAACAUGGCUUGGCAAGCCAUGGUUUCCGCCGUGGAACUGGCACAAUCAAACAGACAACAGGUUGUAGAAACCGAGCAUCUUCUAAAGGCUUUGCUGGAGCAAAAAAAUGGUCUUGCACGGAGGAUUUUCACCAAGGCCGGGAUUGAUAACUCGGCUCUUUUGCAAGCAACUGAGCGAUACAUCGAGCGCCAGCCUAAGGUGACGGGAAACAUAUCUGGCGCUAUGCUUGGCCAGAGCCUCGACAGUUUACUCGAUCGAGCCAAGGGUCACAUGAAGGACUUUGGAGAUAAUUAUACGUCAAUCGAGCAUUUAGUUCUUGCACUCGCGGAAGACAUUCGUAUCGGGAAGGAGUUGUUUGGGCAGUUCGGUCUCAAUGCCAAGGCUACUAAAGAUGCGAUCACUGCCAUUCGAGGGACACAGAAGGUUACUGAUCAAGCCCCUGAAAACAAGUAUGAAGCACUAGAGAAAUUUGGAGUGGAUUUGACUGAGAUGGCCCGCCAAGGAAAGCUUGAUCCGGUCAUCGGUCGUGAUGACGAAAUUCGACGGUGCAUUCAAAUCUUGUGCCGGCGAACCAAGAACAAUCCUGUCGUGAUUGGAGAGCCUGGUGUGGGCAAGACUGCUAUAGCCGAAGGACUUGCUCAGCGUAUAGUUCAAGGAGACGUACCCGAGGCCCUUGCCAACCGGAAGCUGAUAUCAUUGGACUUGGGAGCCUUGAUCGCAGGAGCGAAGUUUCAAGGAGAAUUUGAAGAUCGAUUAAAAGCUGUUCUAAAAGAAGUGAAGGAGUCCGAGGGGUACAUUGUGCUUUUCAUUGACGAAAUCCACAUGGUCGUCGGGGCAGGUGCCACCUCGGGAGCCAUGGAUGCUGGAAACUUGCUAAGGCCAAUGCUGGGCCGUGGUGAACUGAGGUGCAUUGGUGCCACGACAAUAAAGGAAUAUCGCAAGUACCUUGAGAAGGAUGCAGCUCUGGAAAGGCGUUUCCAGCAAGUUUAUGUUGCGGAGCCUGCCGUGGAAGAUGCGAUAUCCAUUCUUCGUGGAUUGCGAGAGAAAUACGAGCUUCACCACGGAGUAAAAAUCUCAGACAACGCUUUAGUCGAAGCUGCUAUACUCUCUUCUCGAUACAUCAGCGACCGUUUCUUACCAGACAAAGCCAUCGAUCUUGUUGACGAGGCCGCUGCAAAGCUGAAGAUGGAGAGGACGUCGAAGCCGACUGCUCUAGACGAGAUUGAUCGGGUUAUCAUCAAGCUGGAGAUGGAGCGUUUGUCUGUUGAACAUGACAAUGAUAAAGCUUCCCGCGAGAGGCUGCAGAAGCUAGAAGCAGAGCUAGCAUCUCUCAAAGAGAAACAGAAGGCCUUGCAGCAGCAAUGGGAGAUGGAAAAGUCGAUCAUGACUCGCAUCAACUCGAUCAAAGAAGAGAUUGACCGUGUCAAUCUCGAAAUCCAACAGGCCGAGAGAGACUACGACCUCAACAGAGCCGCCGAGCUCAAGUAUGGCGUCCUUACCAACUUACAAAAGCAACUCAACGAAGCCGAAGGCGAGCUUGCAACGUACAGGAAGUCUGAGAAAGCAAUGCUGCGAGAGGAGAUCACUGCCGACGACAUUGCUGAGAUAGUCAGCAAGUGGACAAAGAUUCCCGUCUCAAGGCUGCUCCAGUCCGAGAUGGAGAAGCUGCUCCACCUCGACGAACACUUACACAAGCGCUUGAUCGGCCAAGACCCCGCAGUGCAAGCCGUGGCCGAUGCUAUACGCCGUUCCAGAGCUGGACUCGCGGAUCCAAACCGUCCUAUCGCCAGCUUCAUGUUCAUGGGGCCGACCGGAGUCGGGAAAACGGAGCUGGCCAAAGCUCUAGCCGAAUACCUGUUCGACACGGACAAAGCGCUGCUGAGAUUCGACAUGAGCGAGUACAUGGAGAAGCACGCUGUGUCCCGGCUCAUUGGCGCUCCUCCAGGAUACGUGGGAUACGAAGAAGGCGGGCAGCUGACCGAGAGCGUCCGCCGGCGGCCUUACUCGGUGGUUCUCUUCGACGAGAUUGAAAAGGCUCACACGGACGUCUUCAACAUCUUCCUCCAGAUACUCGACGAUGGCCGCGUGACGGACUCGCAGGGCCGGACGGUGAACUUCACCAACACCGUGGUGAUCAUGACGUCCAACCUCGGCUCGCAGCACAUCCUGGACGCUCUGAAAUCAUCGGGCGACAAGAACGCGGCAUAUCAGUCGAUGAAGGAGACGGUGAUGGAAGUGGCUCGCUCCACCUUCCGGCCAGAGUUCAUGAACAGGGUGGACGAGUUCAUCGUGUUCCAGCCCCUGGACGUGGAUCAGAUCCAAGAAAUCGUCAAGCUCCAGCUGCAAAACGUGGAGAAGAGACUCCAACACCGCAAGAUCUCUUUGAAGAUCACGGACGAUGCGGUGCAGGUGUUUGCCAAGCUUGGAUAUGAUCCGAACUAUGGCGCCAGGCCAGUGAAGCGAGUGAUCCAGCAGUACGUGACCAACGAGCUGGCUAAAGGGAUUUUGAAGGGCGAGUUCAAGGAGGAGGACACGGUGCUUAUCAUGACCGAGGACGGGAAGCUGGCCAUGAGAAAAUGGUCGCCUUCUUUACAUCAGCUGGUCGCUGUAGCGUGAAAAGUUUCUUCUGUUUUUUUUUUUUUGUGGAGCUCGAGUUACACUUUUACUAACUUUUAUCAGAAUCCAAUUACAUGUUUGUAAGCUGGUAGACACCAAAACAAUGUCAUGUAAAAUGUGGAGUUAGCACAGCUUGAUUGGUGAGAUUUUAUAUAAGAAUCUGUAUGGACAUUUCCUGAAA